AUGCCACCAAGGGUCUUGGUUUCCGAAAAAGGCGAGUUUACAGACUCAGAGGGACAUGAAAUACAACUGCGUGGAGUCAAUCUUGAUCCGAGUGUGAAGUUUCCAGCAACCCCCAAUUGCCGGAGCCACGAUCCUCUAACACCAUCCUUCUAUGAUGAAGCAGGUUCUGUUUGCUUCAUUAAUCAUCCUUUGAAAUUGGAAGAAGUUGAACAUCACAUCUGCAAGCUCAAAUCCCUCGGGUACAACACCAUUAGAUAUCCAUUCACUUGGGAAGCACUUGAACAUGAGGGCCCUGGAAUUUAUGACUAUGAUUUCAUGGACUACACAAUUGAAGUGUUGAAGAAAAUCAAUAAGCUAAAGGGGAUUUAUAUUUAUCUCGACCCACACCAGGAUGUAUGGUCGCGAUUUACCGGAGGAUCUGGUGCUCCUCUGUGGACCUUUUAUUGCGCAGGCUUCCAACCGCGACACUUCUCGGACACGGAGGCAACGAUUCUGCAAAACUCGUACAUCAAUCCCAGCACUGGGAAAGAGCGCGAACCUUACCCCAAAAUGCUGUGGCCGACCAAUUAUUUCCGUCUUGCCGCUCAAACAAUGUUCACCCUUUUCUUUGGUGGCAAGAAGUUUGCCCCCAAGUGCGUGAUAAACGGUCAAAACAUACAAGACUAUCUGCAGGACAGAUUCAUAGACGCAGUCAUGACUUUUUAUGAGCGUAUUCAACAGAGAGCCCCAGAACUCUUUAUUGACCGUUGCAUUCUGGGCUUAGAAACAAUGAACGAACCUAAUAUAGGGUAUUUCACAGACCUUGAUAUGUCAGAGGUCCCCAAAGAUCGUAAACUCAAAAGAGGAACAACGCCAACGGCUUUUCAGACGUUCCAGCUAGGAGAAGGUUUGCCGGCUAUUGUUGACACUUAUGAUAUCUCGGUAUUUGGUCCCAGGAAAACUGGCACUACUUUAAUUGAUCCUAAAGGAAAAUCAGCCUGGCUUUUGGCAGCGGAAAGAGAUAAUGUUGAUAAACGCUACAAUUGGCAAAGAGGGUCUGAAUGGGAACCAGGGACAUGUGUCUGGAGGCUGCAUGGUGUUUGGAAGCGGAAGGGAUUGAGAAAACCCGAGCUGCUAAUUGCUGAUUAUUUCGCUUGCGAUCCUGCGACAGGGGCCAAGGUUGAUUUGAGAUAUUUUAUCAACACUCUGUUCCUGGAGCAUUACGAGAAGUUUCGAACAAAAUAUAGGGACCACGACAAAGAUUCGUAUUUGUUCUUACAGCCUCCUACUUUACAAGAGCCACCAAGACUGAAGGGUACGAGUUUGAUAGAUGAGAAGACCAUUUAUGCUUGUCACUUCUACGAUGGAAUGUCGCUAAUGUUCAAGUCCUGGAAUAAAAUCUACAAUGUCGAUACCUUAGGCAUUAUGCGUGAAAAGUACUCUAAUCCUAUAUUCAGCGUUGUCUUGGGUGAGAACAUGAUAAGGAAGUCCUUUAGAAAGCAGCUUGCACAAAUGAAGGAGGAAGGUAAAGAACUUCUGGGUGGUCACGUACCAGUGUUUUUCACCGAGAUCGGUAUGCCUUUUGACAUGGACAGUAAAAAAGCAUACCAAAGUGGAGAUUUCAGCUCACAAGUUGGAGCGCUUGACGCGCUUGGUUAUGCUUUGGAGGGAGGUAACCUGUCUUACAGCUUGUGGUGCUACUGCAGCCAGAAUUCUCAUGAAUGGGGUGACUGUUGGAAUAACGAGGAUUUCUCAAUAUGGAGUAAAGACAAUGUGAGUAGCGUUCCAGCAGCGAGAGCGAUUCAACAGUCAGGCUCCGACUCUGAAUCAGAUGUCAUUUCUUCCUUUUCAACCAUACCACACGGACAUGUAUCUGGUUUGGCUGAUAGUGAAGAAAAGCAUCUUUGCGACUACGAUGGGAUAAGGGCACUUGAUGCCAUUCUGCGUCCGUACCCUGUUAAAAUUUGCGGAAAUUUUGUUAACGCCGAGUUUGAAUUGAGCAGGCAAGAAUACAGACUGACUAUAAACGCAGAACCACGGCCAGAUAACGCUUCUGGUGCAACAUUGAUUUUUUUGCCAAAGUUCCAUUUUCCCAUGGGUCAAACUAUUAUUAAAACAACUUCAGGUACGUUUCUCUACGACCCAAAUCAGCAAUUGUUAAAAUGGUCUCAUGACUCUGGACAGCAAAGUAUAUCGUUGCGGGGGGAAAUAGAAUCUUCGAAAAAGCCCGAAGAUCCAGAAGGAUGCUCGGUAAUGUAA